AUGCUUCUCCGUCUGCCGGCCAGCCUGCACUAUCCUAUCACCGUGACCUCGCUGCUGAAACGGCCUGGGGAUGCGGUGGAACGGGAUGGCGCCCUCUUCUGGUAUAUUUACCAGACAACCGUUGAAGAGGGCGAUGGCCUAGGCAAUAGGGUCGAGGUCAAGCGAAAGUUCCCGACUCGCUUUGAAUCGACCGUCGAUGGAGAGAUUGUACAGUGGAAGAUUGCCAAAGGCGACGUGAUCACAGGGCCCGUUGACGUUGUCGAAAUUGAUGAACCAUGCGCGCACGAGGUUCAAUACGGUGGACUCUGUGCAGAGUGUGGAAAGGACAUGACUGAGGCCACAUACAACACGGAGGUGAUGGACUCCUAUCGUGCUCCCAUUCAAAUGGCACAUGACAAUACGACCUUGACUGUCAGUGAGAAGGAGGCUACCCGAGUUGAAGAGGAUGCGAAGCGUCGCCUCUUGGCAUCCCGACGUCUGUCCCUAGUGGUGGACCUCGAUCAGACCAUUAUCCAUGCCACCGUUGACCCGACUGUUGGGGAUUGGAAAGAAGAUAAAGACAACCCCAAUUACGAAGCAUUGAAGGGUGUUCGGCAGUUCCAACUGAUCGACGAUGGACCCGGCAUGCGUGGAUGUUGGUACUACAUCAAGCUCCGGCCCGGACUGGAAGACUUUUUGCAGAACGUGGCCGAACUUUACGAAUUGCAUAUCUACACUAUGGGUACCCGAGCAUACGCCCAGAACAUUGCCGACAUUAUCGAUCCGACACGCAAGCUAUUCGGAGACCGUAUUCUCAGUCGCGACGAAAGCGGAAGUUUGACUGCAAAGAACUUGCAACGGUUGUUCCCCGUCGACACCAAGAUGGUAGUUAUUAUUGAUGACCGCGGCGACGUGUGGCGGUGGAGCCCCAAUCUGAUCAAGGUCUCUCCUUAUGACUUCUUCGUGGGAAUUGGUGACAUCAAUUCCAGUUUCUUGCCUAAGAAGCAAGACAUUGGCGAGACAAAUAAGGCAGUUAAGGCUGCGAAAGAGAAGGAAAAGCGAGCGAAACGAGAACCGGCGAAUGGCGAAGCUGGGAAGGCCUUGGCAGAGAAUGACGUCUCCGCACUAGAGCAACUAGUGACUAUGGGAGGUGGUGAUGACCCAAGCUUGCUGAAGGAACAGGCAAACGCCCAGGAAGAGACAAUUAUGCACCAGGUAGAAGACCGACCGCUGUUGCAGAAGCAGAAAGAGCUGGACGCGGAAGAUGAUGCUUCCGCAGACGGUAGCGAAUCAUCCUCGAGCGUUGAUGAAUCUCAAGAAGCUGCCAAGCAGCGCCACCAUCUCCUGGAAGACCAUGACAAGGAACUUUUCCAGUUACAAGACCGGCUCGAGCAAGUGCAUGCCACAUUCUUUGAUGAAUAUGACAAGAAGCGGACCCAUGCCCUUGGAGGCCGCGUGGCGGCCCUGAGGGGCGAGAAAGCUGCGCACAAAGACAAAGACGUUGAUUUGAAACUGGUUCCUGACAUUAAAGAUAUCAUGCCACAAUUCAAGCGGUCCGUAUUGGGAGGGGUGGUUUUGGUAUUUUCGGGUGUCCUCCCUCUCGGAACAGAUACCCAGAAUGCCGACAUCUCCUUAUGGGCGAAGAGCUUCGGUGUCAUUAUUGCAACGAAGAUCAACGCUCGAACUACUCACCUGGUGGCCGGCCGUAACCGCACAGCCAAGGUGCGCGAAGCCACACGGUAUCCAAACGUCAAGAUCGUCACGACCCAGUGGCUUCUGGACUCUUUGACCAGCUGGAAACAUCUGGACGAGGUUCCGUAUCUGCUCCCUGUGCAUCCAGAUGACCGUGGGGAACCCCUCUCCCCGGGGUCACGGGAGCUUGCAGAAAGCUCGUGGUUGUCGUCUUCGGACGAAGCAACGGGCUCUCUCUGGGCCGAUGACGAGGGCAACGAGGAAAUGUUCAAAUCUUCUGGGCUCGAUGAUACGGCAGUCCCUGGGUAUGACGAAGACGAGCAAGCUGCCGUACACGAUGAGUUAAAGGAGUUCCUCGGCAGCGAUGACGAGAGUGAAAGCGACACCGAAGCAUGGGGUGAAGAGUCGGCCGAGGGAAGCAAGAAACGGAAGCGUGGAGAAGGAACAGAAGGCGAAGGUGAAGAGGAGUCUGGAGAAGACAACGGGGACGAGUCUGAUCCUAAAGGCUCACGUUUGUCACAGCGCAUCAAGCGCUCCUAUGAGCGGAGCACAGGUCUUCGAGAAGUCGCAACAGCCCCGAGCUCUGCCUCCGAGAAUGACCGUGCACGUCCAUCAGGACCGCAAGGCGAAGAGCCCGGUGCAGAACAGGCCGGUUCUCAGCCCGACCAAGACGACGGUAACCCGGAGAAUCCAGAUUAUGACGACGACGAGCUAGAGCGUGAAAUGCUUGCCGCCUUCGAAGACGACGAUCCCCAAGCAGAAGAGGAAGCUGCCGCCGAGAAUGGGUAG